AUGCCUGAUUUAAAGCCGGAUCGAAGCAGGAACCACGGCAGCGCCUCCGGAUGCGAGGGUGCCGUGAGCGGGAAGGAAACGGAGGCAGGGAGGCUGCCCAUUGGCCGGGAUCUCCGAGAGCCCCGCCCCGCCCCAGGCGCGCUCCGGUUAAAAAGCGCGCAGAGGCCGCCUGCCCGCAGACUUCCGAGCGUCCACCCGGGCUGCGCGCGCCUCGGAGCCCAGACGCCUUCGGACCACUUCUGCUGCUCCCGCCGCCGCGUGCAGCGUUCCAGGAGCCUGGCGGGAAGGAACCCUUCGAGGAGCAUCAGGUUCCAAGAAGCCACCUGGAGCACCCUGGUAGGGAGUGCUUGUGGGAACAAGCCAGAGCCUGGAGAGCAGUUCUCACCCAGGAUGGGGUCACGUGCAUCCAAGAAAGAGGCAGCACACAGAGUCCAGCCUGUGACCCAGACCUCUGCAGAAACCCACGUGACUGCUCCAGUCCCCUGCGCCGCCAUGGACCCUGCCGGUGCCUCCUGCCCUGACCUGGGGGCCCAGCCUGUCACCGGCCCUGCCUGCUGGCCCGACAUGAGGCCCUCCUGGGCCGCCCCCUCCUGGAUGUGGCACCCCGCCCCUUGGGGUUACGUGUGCACAUCCUCUGUCGGCCAUCUCUGGAUUGGGUACCCCUGUCCUGUUGCCUCAGUGCUUUCAGUCUGGACUUGGGGCAUCUCCAGCGUUGACCCCCUCAUGGGAAGACAGCAUGCUGCCCCCCUGACCUCUGGAGUAUUCCCUUACCCGGUGGGUCCCCCACCCCCGUACUCCUCAGUCCCUCCAGCUCCAAGCGGGGACGCCUCGGGCCACUGCACCCAGGAGGGGUGGCAGACUCCGACCAGCUCGGCGCCCCCGCCUGCAGUGGAGGGCCCGUCCAGAGGGGCUUCCUACUCGAUGAUGUACCAAUUCCUUCCAUCAGAAUGGGCGUCCAGGCUCAGCAUUUGGGCACCCAAGCCGUCCUCCAGCCCAGAACUCUGCCCUCUGCCCCCUUCCCCCAGCAGGGACCCUCAGGGGGAGCCCCGCUGUCCCCAAUUACCCCGGUCCCCCUCCAGGGUCUGCCGCCGCCUCUUCUAGCUCUGAUGUCCUCGGGGACCACUCACUCUGGCACUGAGGGGCCCGUGGGAUCAGUGAGCACUGCUGUGCACGCUGCCCAGAUAAUUUACAGUUGCGCGAACCCUGAGUGGGGUAAUGCUCAGUGCGUUCUCAGCACUCGUACCCGAACUCCUCCCAGCCACCGUCUGCUCGCUCCUCGCCGCGCGCCGCCCUUUGGACGGCGGGGGGGUGGAAGGCAUGGUGCGUCCUGUGAAGCAUGCAACGUUGCGUGUUUUACAUUGAAUAAAUGA